AUGUCACAGUUAAAGGAACAAAUUGAAACUUUGAAUGGAUUAUCAGUAUCUGCUCUCUCAACGUUCUACCAAUUUGACUGUGAAAAACUUUUAAAGCAAGUUUCAGAUAAAGAUUAUGGACGAAAAAAGUAUUUUGGAAAAAAAAACAAUCAUCUUUUAAAAAAUGAAAAUGAAAAUUCAACAUCACUAAGAGAAGCUUCUAAGAAUCGAGGCAUAGAAUUUGAACUAGCCAUCAAAGAAAAAUUGGAGAAUGUAGUUGAUUGUUCUGAUAUUGAUCCUUCAGAAGCCAAAAAUAUUUUAAGAACUGCAAAAAUUGGUCAAAUUUUAUAUCAAUUGAGAUUUGAAGUGCCCAAUGAAUUUUAUGAUGAAUUAAACAUAAGAAAUUCAUUGAAAUUGAAAACCUAUAUACCUGAUUUUAUUCAAAUUAUAGAAGAAGAUAAUGAAAGAAAAUUAUUUAUUAUUGAUGCAAAAGCAUCUAAAAGUUCACGUAUCUCACACCAGAUUGAAUGGCUCUUCCGUAAUGAAUUGCCAAGAAUAAUGGCAUCUACUGAUGUUCAAUGGCAUUAUAAUGCUAGGUGCAAGUCUUGCGACUUUGUAAACAAAUGUCGUGAAGAUGCUGAAGGCUCUAUUGCAAUGAUUCCAUAUAUGUCGGUUGAUAAUGCUGAAUAUUUAAAAGAAGCUAUUAGGUAUUGGAAAACGAAUAACUUAAAUGAUGAUGGUGAACAUGAAAGUUCAAGUAAUAAAAACAAUGUUGAUGUUGAUGUUGAUAUUGAGGAUUUAUCAAACUAUUUUCAAAAAAUCAGUAUUGAUGAAAAAAAUUCUAAUUCACAAAAUAAUAUUAACCAUGCAAUAAAGAAGAUCAUUAAAUAUAAUAAAAUAACAAAAGUUUCUCCAUAUCUGAAAGCUAUUGAGACAAAACAAGCACAGUACCUUGGAAUAGCAACGCCUAGUUUCCCACAGAUAACUGAUCACAACCUUAUAAUUUCUAUGUCACUAGAUCCAUUUUUAUCUAGAUCUUUUGGAUGGGCUAUUUGCAUUUAUACAAGUGAUGGAAAAUCAAUUCAAAGCUAUCGUCACGCAGAUAUAAUUUCAAAAGAUGAUGCAUUUGGUAGAAAAUUUGUUGAUUUAAUGGAAAAGUUUGUAACUAAAUUGGCAAAAUGUUUUGAAUAUCUUGCUAAAGAAAAAUCAAGAGCUUGUAUUUUUGUAUAUUCUGAACAAGAAAAAAAUACAAUCAAAGAUUCUUUAUUAAAGAUUUUAUCCAUGGAUUCAAAUCUGGUGUCUAGUUCAGUGGGGCAUCUAGCUGCAAGAUGUCUUUUUAAUUUAUUUGAGGAUUCUUCUCUAUUAUUAGCUUCUAGAAAUAGUGAAAUCAAUGAAAUUCCUGAACUUUCUGGUGAAUCAAGUGAAUUUCUACGUGUGAUCAUUCUUGAACAAGCUAUCAGGGAAAAUAUUGCAAUUCAUGUGCCAGGAUUUUAUCGAUUGAUUGAUGUUUGGGAACAAAUGGUGAGGCCUAAACUUGAGGAUGAACAACUAUUAGAGUUAUUAAAUGAACAAGUCAAAAAUAUUGACUUGGAAGAAAUUUAUUCUUCAUGGAUUUCUAGUAAAUGUGAAGAAGUAAUCGGGUUAAAUAAAGCACAUUUAUUAAGAAAUGAUUUUGCGAACGCUGUUAUAAAAGUAUAUUAUAUGCUGUUAAAGGAAUAUACUGAUGACAUUUCUUCAAAGUUAUUGUUCGCGCCAUCACCAUUUAAAUUUGCAGAAAUAAGAUCUUUUAAAAACGAUUAUUUAGGAAAAAUCUAUUUUUUCAAACAAUAUGAAGCAAUCACCGAAAGUAAGCAGGUGAGAUCGGGAAGAUUUGCAGAUUUUGUUUCAGAUGAAGCUCAAAAUGGGAUUUUGUUACAAUUAGACAAGUUUAUUAAUAAAAGUGGUAGUGAAUGGGUAAUGCGUUUUGAUGUAUUGAGUGAUGGAAAAGUGGGUAGUCUGCUAGAAAAAAGUAAUUUAAAAGAAUUUAUUUUAGUAGAAGAUACAAUGAAGGGUAUUUUGGAAGCAAUCAAAUUUCCAGAUAUGAAAUAUAGGAAUACAAUAUUUGGUUUUGCAUUUACAGUUGUCUCUAUACAUGAUAUUGAUUAUAGCAAUCCAGAUAAAAAAAUAAUUAAUUUGAAAGGCUAUAUUAAAAAAAGCCUAAAUGUGGGUUCCAAGUAUAGAUUAUACAAACGUUAUGUUGAUUUCAAUUUGGAUAAAGUUUUAAAAGUACUAUCCGAAAUUGAUGAAUGCGAAGAAUCCAUAUUUUUGCAAUUAUUGAAAGAUCCAAAUGCAUGGGGAGCCAAAAAAUUAAUAUGCGAGGAUGAAGGUUUAAAAGAUAUUAAAAAAAUGGCAUUAGAACUUCGGGAUAGCUUUUUAAUGUCGCCGUCGCAAAAGGAAUUUUCCGCAAGCUUAUUGGAACGAAGACUUCAAAUAGUUUGGGGGCCCCCAGGUUCAGGAAAAACACAUUUCCUUGCACUAUUUAUUAACUGGUAUUUGAGUACCAUUAAACCUAAACCAACUGGAAAGAAUAAAAAUUUUAUUAUUGGCGUAACAGCAUUUACAAGAGUUGCAAUUGAUAAUUUGUUAAAAAGAGUUGCCAAGGUUCAAAAUGAUUUAAAUAAAAUGUGUAAUUUUGACAUCAUUAAACUGAUAAAUAAAUCAAAUGAGCAACCCCCCAGUGAUAUGUUUGAAUGUCAAGCUGGGAAAUUAUUUACCAAUAUAUCUAAAAAUAAGAUUGGAAGUUCAGGAAGGCCGAUUGUUGUUGGAGGUACAGUCUGGGACUGGUUAAAAGUUAAAAAAGGAUUUAACAAUUCAUGGACAGGAUGUGACAUUGUCGUAAUUGAUGAAGGUUCACAGUUGCUAGCAUCCGAUGCUAGUAUUGUAGUUGAAUGUUUGAAUUAUGAUAAUGGUAGAUUAAUUGUUGCAGGAGAUCAUAUGCAACUUGGACCAAUCAUUCAAAAUACUUAUCCUGUCUUUCCUGACGAUCAUCCGCUUGUGUUUGAAUCAGUUCAAAAAUGUUUAAUGAGAAAAGAAGAUGGUUCUGUAUUUAAAGUAGAAGACUUCUUUUUGAAGAAAGGACAAAAACAUAAUUUUGGACCUUGUACAAUUCAACUCCAAGAAAAUUGGAGAAUGAAUGAUGAACUAAAUAGUUUUUUCCAAAGAAUUUAUGGAGAUAAAUACUUAUCCGUCUAUCCUAAUUUAAAACUUACUUAUGUGGAUUCUAGUUUACCACAUAUAACCAAUCCAAAAGUCAGACAAGUUUUGAGUUUGAAUCCCGCAAUAACUUUAGUUAAGCUUACAUUGACAAAAGACGAAGAAAAAAAAGAAAAAGAUACUCAUCCAUUUACAGAAUCAAUGUCUAGAAGAUUGUUAAAAGCAGAAGCACAAGUUGUUUAUGAGAUAGUAUCAGCAUAUUUUAGCGUGUCACGGAAACAGGAAAAAAAAUAUCCUUCAUUAAUAGUAGUCACACCUCAUCAUCGUCAAAGGCAUGCUAUACAAUCUCGUCUUUCAACUUAUUUGCAAGAUCCUGAUAUUAUUCUACAAGUAAACACUGUAGAAAAAAUGCAAGGUCAAGAAUCAGAUAUUGUGAUUGCAUGUUUUGGAUUUUUGGAUGUAAAUGAAAUAUCAAAAGAAACAGAUUUUUUAUUUGAUUGUAACAGAUGGAAUGUAGCAAUUAGUAGAGCCAAAUGUAAAGUAGUUGUAAUUACAACAGAUGAAAUGUUAUACCCACAAAGUUUAGAAGUGUUUUCAAAUAAGAAAACAAGUGAGGGUUGGGUAUUUUUGAGAAUGAUUGAAAAAUGGGUACAGGAAAAAUCUUUAGAACUAAAUAAAGAAAAGAAAAAUGGUGGAUUAAUAGAAUGGAACAUUGAUAAUGAUGAAGUAGUAGUUGAAGAGGAUGAGACUGAAGAGGCAAAGGAAAUGGUGGCGAAAGCUGAAGUGGUAGUGGAAGAAGAUAGUGAUAAUAUAUAUUUAAAUUUGGGUUCAAGUAGUUUUGAUGAUGAUCAAAAGGUUCCAAAACUACUAUUAUUGUCUUAA